CUUCGUUCUAAAUUUAGUGCAAGACUCCGAAUUACAGUCAUCAAUCAUUGUCGUUAUCGCCAUUCUUCUACAUCAGCAGAAGCAGCAAAGGAAGCGAGAAGUAAUGUUGGGAGAAAGGAAGGGCCUGCGGGCAGCCGCUUUUCUCGUGGUGAUUGGGCCUCUGCUGGCUGCUAUUGCUCUGUAUGGGCUGGAGAGCGAGAUUAGCGCGGUGGAGCUGCCGGGCUACGGGGCGGCGCCGAUGGUGGUGAGGAGGAGGAACGACAAGGUGGGGAAGUGGCUGGAAAGGAUCGGGGAGGGUUCGGUCUUGGGGCCUGAGAACUUCGCCUACAACGCCGAGGAGGGUGCUCUGUACACGGGGUGCGCCGACGGUUGGAUAAAGAAGGUGGCCGUGGCUUCCGGCGACGGCGGAAGGCCGCCGGCGGUUACCAACUUCAGCUACGUGGGUGGUCGGCCUCUGGGCCUUGCGUUUACUCCCCAGAAGGAGCUCAUCGUUUGCGACUCCCCCCAGGGGCUGCUUAAGGUGAGGGAAGGCGGAUCUGUGGAGGUACUGGCGGACGAAGCCGGCGGAAUGAAGGUGGGGAUGGCGGACGGAGUUGAUGUGGCGAAGGACGGCACCAUCUACUUCACAGAUGCGACCUACAAGUACAGGGUAGAGGAUCAUAUGUUGGAUUUGUUCGAGGGCCGCCCCCACGGAAGGCUCAUCAGCUUCAAUCCCAUUACCAAGAGCACCCAAGUGCUCAUGGAAGGCCUUUACUUUCCCAACGGCGUCGCCGUCUCUCCGGCCGGCGACUUCCUCGUCUUCUGCGAGACUCCGGUGGCAAGGUGUCAAAAGUACUAUAUUGAAGGUGAGCAGAAGGGAACCUCGGAAAUGUUCAUCGACAACUUGCCAGGACUUCCAGAUAAUAUUCGAUACGACGGCAAUGGGCAUUUCUGGAUUGCCUUGGUCGCGAAUCGGAACCUGCUCUUGGACACGUUGAUGCGAUCUCCGUCUUUGAGGAAAGCACUACUGAUUGUCUUGAAGUUCAUGAAGUUACCUGAGGGUCAAUCAAACAGCGGGUUGUUGGCGGUAAAUCUGAAAGGCGAAGCCAUAGCUCUAUAUUCAGAUUCGGCACUAGACAAAGUCACUGUGGGGCUGCAGAUCGGAGACUACCUCUAUUUUGGCUUCUUGGAAUCCCAUUACAUGGCUCGGGUUGACAUCAAAACUCAUGCAGCACAUCCCAUAUAAGAAGUCCGCUUAGAGUGUUGGUUUUUUGAAAUUCUCACAAUAAAGAUAAAAACUUUUCAUUUUCAUAGCCUUUUCAAUAACAUGCAUAUAGAAAAAUCUGGGGACUUGCACUAUGUAAUUGCAAAAGAAUUAUGCAGUUAAGACUUCAGAGAUCAACAUUUAAGUGUUU